AUGAGCAGCGCACAAAGAGGCGGAGCUCGCAAGAUCUCCUUCAACGUCAGCGAGCAGUAUGAUAUUCAGGAUGUCGUAGGUGAAGGCGCCUACGGUGUCGUCUGCUCUGCAGUACACAAGCCUUCGGGCCAAAAGGUCGCCAUCAAGAAGAUCACCCCCUUUGAUCACUCCAUGUUCUGCUUGCGGACGUUGCGCGAGAUGAAGCUGCUUCGGUACUUCAACCAUGAAAACAUCAUCUCUAUUCUAGAUAUUCAAAAACCACGGAGCUACGACACCUUCAACGAGGUCUAUCUCAUCCAGGAACUUAUGGAGACUGACAUGCACCGCGUCAUUCGUACCCAAGAGCUAUCGGACGACCAUUGCCAAUACUUCAUUUAUCAGACGUUGCGCGCCCUCAAGGCCAUGCACUCGGCCAAUGUUCUUCAUCGCGACUUGAAACCCUCCAACCUUUUGCUAAACGCCAACUGCGAUCUGAAAGUGUGCGACUUUGGCUUGGCCCGCUCGGCCGCGUCGCAAGAGGACAACUCGGGCUUCAUGACCGAAUACGUUGCCACCCGUUGGUACCGCGCCCCCGAGAUCAUGUUGACCUUCAAGGAGUACACCAAGGCCAUCGAUGUCUGGUCCGUUGGCUGCAUUUUGGCCGAGAUGUUGAGCGGCAAGCCACUCUUCCCUGGCAAGGACUAUCACCACCAACUGACCCUCAUCCUGGACGUUCUCGGCACGCCGACCAUGGAGGAUUACUACGGCAUCAAGUCGCGCCGCGCCCGGGAAUACAUCCGCUCGCUGCCCUUCAAGAAGAAGGUUCCCUUCCGCACGCUGUUCCCCAACACGUCGGAACUGGCCCUGGACCUGCUAGAAAAGCUGCUUGCCUUCAACCCUGUUAAGCGCAUCACGGUCGAAGAGGCGCUCAAGCACCCGUACCUGGAGCCUUACCACGACCCGGAUGAUGAGCCGACCGCACCUCCCAUUCCCGAGGAGUUCUUUGAUUUCGACAAGCACAAGGAUAACCUGAGCAAGGAGCAGCUGAAGCAGUUGAUCUACAACGAGAUCAUGAGGUGA